CAGAUCUCGAAUUAGAAUUCACGUUCACUCUUUCUUUGAAUCUUCUUUUUUAAAUUUCUUUACCUUUCUUUUUCAUCAUUAUGCCUUCCUUUCCAAGUGAAGGAAUGGAAUGAAGCCGGUUUGCUUCGCAAUUUUUUUUUUUACCCUUUUCAUGAUAGCAUAUAAUUCUUCUCUCAUUCAAAGUUUCCACCUUGCCAGACUCCAAUUGCAGAGAAUUCAUAUAUAUUUUUACUUCAAUUUCUCUCAUCUGAGUUCAAGACCCACUUCCAAAAAUGCAGCUUCUGAGGUGGGUUUUUUGGGUCUUGCUUGUUUUUACCAUUCUUGGGGGGGUUUUAGUGUCAGCAGUUGAAACAAUCUCACAGCAGGCUCCUGGAGUUUGUUCAGAAGAAGAUAGGACUGCUCUUCUUGGAUUCAAAGCCAAAAUCCUCAAGGAUACUACAGAUAUUCUUGCUUCAUGGGUGGGGAGGGACUGCUGUGGAGGGGAUUGGGAUGGGGUUCAGUGUAAUUCAGCAGGGAGGGUUACUGGGUUGGCUUUGCAGAGACCAGGAAGGGACAGUUCCCUCUACAUGAACGGCACUCUGUCUCCUUCGCUUGGCGGAUUGCGUUUCUUGGAGGUAUUGGUGAUAAGUGGGAUGAAGUUAAUCAGAGGUCCGAUUCCUGAGAGCCUCUCCAAUCUAACCCAUCUCACUCAGUUGGUUUUGGAGGACAAUUCUCUUGAAGGGACUAUCCCUUCCGGUUUAGGGCAUCUGUCUUUGCUCCAGACCCUCUCCGUGGCAGGCAACCAUUUGAGAGGGCAAAUCCCUCCAACCCUUGGGAAUUUGAGAAGCCUUCUUCUCCUUGGCUUAUCUAGAAACUCCCUCACAGGUCCAAUCCCACCCACUUUCAAAAGUCUCCUUCAUUUGCAAACUCUUGAUCUUGGCUUCAAUUCAUUUUCUGGUUGUAUCCCGGAUUUCAUUGGCCAGUUUCACAACAUUACAUUUAUAGACCUUUCCAAUAACCAAUUUUCAGGGCAUUUACCCAAUUCCAUGUUCGAUUUGGGCAGUCUUUCGGACUUGUCUUUGAGCCAAAACCAACUCACGGGAAUAAUCCCAGAUCAGGUUGGGAACCUUAAAUCCCUCACUGCUCUUUCAUUGAGUGGAAAUAGGCUUACAGGUAAAAUUCCAGCAUCCAUUUCUAGAUUACAGAACCUUUGGUCCCUUAAUUUGUCCAGAAAUGGAUUCUCAGAUCCUUUACCAGUUUUUUCUGGUAAAGGUCUUCCUUCUCUUUUGUCAAUAGACCUUUCUUACAGCAACCUCAGUCUAGGGACAGUUCCUGAUUGGAUCAAGGACAGGCAGCUUUCAGAUGUUCAUCUAGCUGGAUGUAAACUCAGAGGAAUCCUUCCAAAGUUUACAAGACCAGAUUCCUUGAGCUCUAUAGACCUGUCCAAUAACUUCCUCACAGAUGGCAUUUCAACUUUCUUCACAAACAUGUCAACUUUGCAGAAGCUCAAGCUUUCAGACAACCAGCUGAAGUUCGAUCUUAUAGAUUUCAAAGUGCCGGAGGGGAUUUCUUCCAUUGAUCUGCAUUCAAAUCAGAUAGUGGGGUCUCUCUCCAGCAUUUUGAAUAACAGAACAAGCAGCUUUUUGGAGGUUUUGGAUGUAUCAAGCAAUCAAAUUUCGGGCAGGGUACCAGAAUUCACAGAAGGGUUGAGCUUGAAGGUGCUGAAUAUAGGAAGCAACAGGAUUGCAGGCCAAAUCCCCAGUUCAAUCUCCAACCUUAUUGAACUUGAGAGGCUGGAUAUUUCAAGGAAUCAGAUAGCAGGCACAAUUCCAACAAGUUUAGGGCUGUUGGUGAACCUUCAAUGGCUUGACCUUUCCAUCAACAGGCUCACAGGAAAAAUCCCAAGUAGUUUGUUGAGCAUUCGAGCUUUGAAACAUGCCAGUUUCAGGGCAAACAGAUUAUGUGGAGAAAUCCCUCAGGGGAGACCUUAUAAUAUCUUCCCUGCUGUUGCUUAUGCUCAUAAUCUCUGUUUGUGUGGGAAACCACUGCCACCUUGUAGAGGAAAAAAACAAGAAGAGAUGAUUCAGUGAGAUGCUGACUCAAUAUAGCCCCAUUAGACAUAUGCUCAAGGUCAUAUGAGCACCAUCAAAUGCCGUAGGAGGAGAUAGAAUAUGUUCUUCAUAGUCCAUUUCUAUUUUUUACUACUCAGAUAUAAUGCCUAGCUCAAUUUCAUAAAUAAAUUUGAUUACA